GCACGGUGUCGGUGCUGUUCAAGCGGGAGAGCGGGGACUUCGUCAAGAUCCCGUUGCCGCCGGCGCCCCCGGUGUUGAAGGGGCUUAUGGUGCCCAAGCUCCGCGUGAAGAGCAAUAAUUCUUCCAAGAAGAAGAAGUACGGCAACGUGCACAAGGAUCACAAG